AUGAGGAUAAAUCCGGGUUAUGGGGUAAAUUUUUCCAAAACGAUUGCCGUUUACAAUUUUCUAGAAUAUAGUUGCCGUCAACAUUGUCUUCUUCAACCCAUGGUGAUAAUUGAACUCUAUCCCAAAUUCUUCUUCUCUCGAAACCCAAUUCCUAAACCCUUCAAAAACCCUAAUUUCAAUCCAAGAAACAUCGUUCAAUUUUCCCACCAACCAAUAACCACUCAUCCAAACCGUGGCAUAAUCUUCCGAGAAAAAGUUCUAUACCUUGAAAAACUCAAAGUAAACCCAGAAAAAGCCUUCAGACAAAACCCCACCCUCCGAACCUGUCCUCUCCGAACGCUAAAAUCCGUCGAACAAUGCCUUUCAUCAAUCGGCAUACACAGAACCGAAAUGGGUCGAAUCCUCGACAUGUUUCCUGCACUUCUCACGUGCGAACCACACAACGACAUUUACCCCCUUCUUGAUUUCCUCCUCAACGAGGUUCGAAUCCCUUACCAUGAUGUUCAAAAAUCAAUCUUGCGGUGUCCUAGGUUGUUGGUAAGUAGUGUUGAGAAUCGAUUGAGACCUGUGCUUUGUUUUUUGAGGGGAUUAGGGUUUGUUGGACCGCAUUCUCUCACGUGUCAAACGACAUUGCUUUUGGUUUCGAGUGUUGAGGACACCCUUUUGCCUAAAGUUGAGUUUUUGAUGGGGUUGGGGCUCACACGUGUGGAGGUUUCAAAUAUGGUUGUUAGAUCUCCGGGGUUGUUGACUCUUAGUGUGGCGAAUAAUUUGGGACCGAAAGUGGAGUUUUUCUUGAAUGAGAUGAAGGGUGAUGUUGCUGAGUUGAAGAGGUUUCCUCAGUAUUUCUGUUUUAGUUUGGAGAAGAGGAUUAAGCCGCGGUAUGCUGAGUUAGUUCGGCUUGGAUUGGAGAUUCCUCUGCAAGAGAUGUUGAGGGUUAGUGAUGGUGAGUUUGAUUCGAGGUUGUUUGAAUUGCGGUUAAGGGAACUUGAGGGAAGAUUAGAGUAA